AUGAGGCCUGCUUCAUCAUCGGAUAAGCCCAAGUUGAAGUCUUCCAGCAUAUCUAAAAGAAUUUUAAAAAUCACACCUGAUGCCCCUGAGCCUCCAUUGCCCAACAAGGACAUGUCGUCUUACGAAUUGAUCCCUGAAUUUGAAGACGACCAUUUCUUAUGUAAAGCUGCCAGCAUGCAAAAGCUUCAAAUUGUUGAAAAGAAGCCUACGCUUGAAUUCAGCCUUGGCCCCAAAUCCUAUAAAUUGGAUAAAGCGCCGGACAAAAAUUUCAUCGUUCUGGGAUCCUUUUACCAAUGUGACAUUCCAUUAUAUCAUUAUCCGAGGAAGAAAAUUAAAGUACACGUGCCCAGAAACAUAUCCUAUGACUUGUACGUGCAAAUGGAUGCUCGAUCUCGAUUAUCUAGGAUCGAAUCUACGUCUUAUGCAGCCUUAAAAAGGGGACAUCUCUUUUCUGCAAGCUUUUCUUUACCAGCGGUUAGGGAAAAAAUUUCUUCUCACCAUCAAGUGAAAGAUGACAUUUUCCUGCAGGAGCAUAUCUCUUUUGAUUGUUCUUCUUCUGAUCCCAUUGAAUCGACCCCUGAAAUUGAAAAUGAAGGCUCUUUAGAAACAGAUGUCAAUAUUACCAGCUCAAGACUAUUGAAGCAAUGUAGAUCGUUCAAUUGCACUUCUGAAUCCUGGGAAAAUCUUUUUGUUUUUGAGCAAAACGUCUAUUUUAACAAGCUUUGUAAACUUAUUAAGCUGAGAUUGACUUCAUCUUCCUUUUUGUCAGAAGUGGAUAAGAUAAAAAACUUAUACGCAUCAAAGUGUAAAAGCUUUUUCAAAGAUGCUUUAGAAUCUUUCCGCGAGCAGGAGAACAUCAUUUUGAGAUAUUUAGAGUUUAUUACGGAAUUCGAAAUAUAUCCUUUCGAAGAGAUUUUCACCUCAUGGGUCUCCUUUAUUUCAUUUUCUCACAGAAAGAAAAACUCGACCAAACUUCAAGCAGAUGCCAAAGCUUCUCUCCUCCUUCCAUUUUUCAAUUUUUGUAAAAAGAAAAUAUCGUUUUCUUGCUUUUCGACGCUUUUUGGGCUGUUUUCGACGCUGUUUAAAGAAAAAGAGCAAAAUUUGAUAGAAAAUGGCAAUUUAAGGGGUCUAUUUUUUGAAAUUUCCGACUUUGUAAAUCGAUUUCUUACCGAGUACGGAUAUUUACAGCGGGCAUAUCUAAUCUCGCUCUUAUAUUGUCGUGUUUUAAUCACCAAUCAAAAAAUAAACGUAGACGACUCUAUUGAUAUGUCGAUUCUGGAGUCUCUACAAUUUCCGAACGUUUCAACCGCGACAACGAUACAGCCAUCUUUUGACCCCUGGGAAUAUUUAAGGGACGAAUUUUUAAAAAAUAAGAGUUGCCCGUCAAUUGAGGCACUGUUGAAUAUAUGGCUGAAUUUGGAGUCUUCGAUGAACGUUUGCCCUUCUUUUUGCAUAUCAAGGUCCGACAGUUCCCCUUUUUCAAAAAUUUCAUUUUCUGACGACUUGCAACCAUUGAUGAUUUCUGCUUUUGACGGGAGCCCAAACCCACUUGAUUGCGUCGAUUUCGCAAUGAAGGAGCGCGUUAUUUUGGAUCAAUUAACUUUUUGCGGACUAAAUUUAUACGACCAUGCAUCAGAUCGCACCGAACUCGUGGAGGGGCCAUUUUUAACUACAGAUACCAUCAGUCUAUUCAAAGAAUUCUGCAGGGGUAAAGAAAGCACAAUGCAAGGUUACUGGGAGGAGCUCUGUGCUAAAAGAACUGCUAGAUGCCGUUUUUUGGUUAAUGUUUUUCGCAAACAUCUUUUUUACUCUCCAUUGUCCUUUAACUAUGGCGCCUUUAGGUUCACCGUUUUACAAGUUAGCAGCAAAUCGUGCAACAAGCAGGCUUUAAACAUUUCUGUGGCAUUUAUUCUUGAGCUGGCUUUGGCCUAUUUGCGAGAGCAGCAUUAUUUUG